GCCCCUCCCACUCGAGCCAGAAGAAGAAAGAGGUAACUUCCUGUCACUUUAGGCAACUUUACGCCAAACUCCCACGGCAAACCUCCGCAGAAACAUAAAGAGUCACUUCAGCAUGUCGUCGCUUCUUCGCCGCCUACCGACGCCCAUGUUCGUGUUGUCGUCGCGGGGACGUUCGCUCGGUUGUUCCCGCUCCGACGAGCGAGUUCCGCGGCAAGGCGGUCGAGUGUUGUCCGGCUUUGGUGGCGCGCAUUGCCGCCGGGAGCACACGGCGGCUGCAGCUGUGGAGGUGGAGCUCAGGAAACUACGUGGGGAGGACGAUGGUAUUGCGGAAGUGGUCAUGUGUCGACACAAGGCCCGCAACGCUCUGGGCCACGUGUUUGUGUCCCAGAUGAGAGUGCUGGUGUCCACACUGUCCAAUGCUGACUGCGCCCCCCGUGUGCUGGUCUUCAGGAGUUUGGUCCCCGGUGUCUUCUGUGCAGGAGCUGACCUGAAAGAACGAGCGCUGAUGGACGACACACAAUCUGAUUUGUUUGUUCACGGCCUGAGAAACCUCAUGACUCACAUAGCCUCGCUGCCCAUGCCCACCAUAGCAGCCAUGGAUGGAGUGGCUCUGGGAGGAGGACUCGAGCUGGCCUUGGCCUGUGACCUUCGCACUGCUGCGUAUUCCGCACAGAUGGGCCUGAUUGAGACGACGCGGGGGCUGCUCCCGGGGGCCGGAGGAAGCCAGCGGCUGCCGCGCACCGUGGGCGUGACUCUGGCCAAAGAGCUGAUCUUCACAGGGAAGCGCCUGGGAGGGCGGGCGGCGCUGGCGAUGGGCCUGGUGAACCGAGCGGUGGACCAGAACGAGGCGGGAGACGCCGCUUACUUGGAAGCGCUCAGCCUGGCUCGGGAGAUCCUACCUCAGGCUCCCAUCGCCGUGCGAAUGGCGAAGGAGGCCAUGAACAGGGGCACCGAGGUGGACAUCACCUCAGCCAUGGCGAUAGAACGGAUGUGCUACGCUCAGGUCAUCCCGACACGGGACAGACGCGAGGGAAUGGCGGCAUUCAUAGAGAAGAGACCUCCGCAAUAUAUUGGACAAUAAUUUUGGGUGACAAACCACUUUUUUUUUUCUUUUUAAUACAAUGGUACCUCGGUUUUCUAACACCGUCUUGAUGCAAUCUCACAUUUUUAUAAUGUCAUCUACUAUCACAUCUAUAAAUCUAUGUCACGCGUAUGAUUCCGCGAAAUUUAGUGUCCUAAGAAUCGCGCUCAGUCGGUGUGCUUUCUUGUUUUUAAAUUGAAUAUGACGGCAAAAUAAUCCACUAUGGGGCCAAAGAAAGUUGUGAGUGCCUUUUAUUAAAAAAAGAAAGGAAAAAAUAUGUGUUUAAAUGGAAUAUGACGGCAAAAUAAGCCACUAUGGGGCCAAAGAAAGUUGUGAGUGCAAGCCCUUUGAUUAAAAAAAAAAAGUUUUUGCAUUGAGUAUGACAGCAAAAUAAGCCACUAUGGGCCAAAGGAAAUUGUGAGUGCAAGCACUUUGAUUAAAAAAGUAUGAAACAUUUUGUUUUUAAAUUGAGUAUGACUGCAAAAUGAGCCACUAUGGGGCCAAAGAAAGUUGUGUACUUUGAUUAAAACAGAAUGAAAACAAUGUUGCUUUUAAAAUGAGUGAGAGCAAAAUGAGCCACAAAGAAAGUUGAGUGCAAGCACUUUGAUUCAAAAAGUUUGAAAAAAUAUUCAAAAAUAGUUAUUCUCUGCUCAUUACCAAUAAGAAUUUUUCCUAAAAAGUCAAAAGUAAGAUAAUAUUUUUUUUUAAUUGAGUCUGACAGCAAAAUAAGCCUCUAUGGGGCCAAAGAAAGUUGUGAAUGCAAGCACUUUGAUUAAAAAAGUAUGGAAAAAUGUUUGUUUUUAGAUUGAGUAUGACAGCAAAAUAAGCCACUAUGGGUGCCAAGAAAAAAAUCUGAUUGCAAGCACCUAGAUUCAAAAAGAAAGAAACAAUUUUUGUUUUUAAAUUAUGACAACAAAAUAAGCCACAGUGGGGGCAAAGAAAGUUGUGAGUGCAAGCACCUUGAUAAAAUAAGUAACAAAAAAUGUUUGUUUUUAAAUUGAGUGUGACAACAAAAUAAGCUAUUAUGGGGCCAAUAAAUUUACCGGUCGAUCUACGUUCCCAUCCUCACCUAUGGUCAUGAGCUUUGGGUCAUGACCGAAAGGAUAAGAUCACGGGUACAAGCGGCCGAAAUGAGUUUCCUCCGCCGGGUGGCGGGGCUCUCCCUUAGAGAUAGGGUGAGAAGCUCUGCCAUCCGGGAGGAGCUCAACGUAAAGCCGCUCCUCCUCCACAUCGAGAGGAGCCAGAUGAAGUGGUUCGGGCAUCUGGUCAGGAUGCCACCCGAACGCCUCCCUAGGGAGGUGUUUAGGGCACGUCCAGCUGGUAGGAGGCCACGGGGAAGACCCAGGACACGUUGGGAAGACUAUGUCUCCCGGCUGGCCUGGGAACGCCUCGGGAUCCCCCGGGAAGAGCUAGACGAAGUGGCUGGAGAUAGGGAAGUCUGGGCUUCCCUGCUUAGGCUGCUGCCCCCGCGACCCGACCUCGGAUAAGCGGAAGAUGAUGGAUGGAUGGAUGGAUGGGGCCAAUAAAAGUUGUGAGUGCAAGCACUUUGAUUCAAAAAGAAAGAAAAAAUGUUUGUUUUUUAAAAUUGAGUCUGACAGCAAAGUAAGCCACUAAACGUUGUGAGCGCAAGCCUUUUUUUUUUUUAAAAAUGUAAGAAAGUAUUUUUGUUUUUAAAUUGAGUUUGACAGCAAAAUAAGCCACUAUGGGGCCAAAUAAAGUUUUGCACUUUGAUUAGAAGAGAAUGCAAAAAAUGUUUUUUUUUAAAUGAGUAUAAGAGCAAAAUGAGCCACAAAGAAACUUGAGUGCCAGCACUUGGAUUCAAAAAGUUAGAAAAAAAUUCAGAAAUAGUUCUUCUCUGCUCAUUACCAAUAAGAAUUUUUCUUAAAAAGUCAAAAGUAAGAUAAUAUUUGUUUUUAAAUUGAGUCUGACAGCAAAAUAAGCCACUAAACGUGAGCGCAAGCAUUUUAAUUAAAAAAAUGUAAGAAAAUAUUUUUGUUUGUAAAUUGAGUUUGACAGCAAAAUAAGCCACUCUGGGGCCAAAAAAAGUUGUGAGUGCAAGCACUGAUUCAAAAAGAAAGAAACAAUGUUUGUUUUUAAAUUGCGUAUAACAGCAAAAUAAGCCACUAUGGGCCAAAUUUAAUUGUGAGUGCAAGCACUUUGUUUAAAAAAGUAUGAAAAAUGUUUAGUUUUUCAAUUGAGUAUGACUGCAAAAUGAGCCAAUAUGGGGCCGAAGAAAGUUGUGCACUUUGAUUCAAACAGAAUUAAAAAAAAAUGUUGUUUUUAAAAUGAGUAUGAGAGCAAAAUGAGCCACAAAGAAAGUUGUGAGUGCAAGCACUUUGAUUCAAAAAGUUAGAAAAAAAUUCAGAAAUACAGUUCUUCUCUGCUCAUUACCCAUAAGAAUUGUUCUUAAAAGGUCAAAUUGAUGUUAAAUGUUCAUUUCUUUUUUUCGUUUUUAACAUUGGUUUUUACAUGUAAAACUAGAAUUAUUAUCUAUAAAAUGUGUUAUUUUAUUUUAUAUGAAUACCUUUUGGAUUUUUCUCAUGGUUUUUGUCUAAGGUUCUGGAAUAGAUGACCCUUUGUGCAACCUUAAGAUUGACUAUACACACUUACUUUUUGUAUCCUUAAGGCACCCGCCCAUAAAAGUCAUAAGUCAGCAAUAAAAUGUUUUUUUUUU